AUGUUUAACGGCGUCGGUCUGACGACGCCGCGAGGAAGCGGCACCAAUGGUUACGUACAGAGGAGUCUUGCAAACCUGCCGCCCAUCAGAAUCGCAAAGAAUCAUGAUCAAAAGGGUUAUAUUACGCGCCCGAAGAUGCGCGUCAACCCCGAGAUUGCCUGGCAUGAAAAACUUCGCGCCCUAGAGGUGAAAUUGAUGGAGUUAAGAAUGCAGAAGGAAGGCCAAAUGACCGUGGAGGACCUUGAAAAGUUUAUCGGAGAUGAAAGACAGCGACUGAUGGCGCUCCUUGAAAAGGAUAAAUUGGUUACUACACUGAGGGAGUAA